AUAGACCAGACGGAACGGGCGACAAAAAAGCGGCAUCGAUGGUCAUUGAAGUGAGAUCAAAAAGGGGCUAGGGGGUGUGUGUUAUCGUAUAUUCGAAAAGGGACGAGAGCUGUUAUCGUUUGACACGCUUACGCAACAAUUCUCGAUCUGAUAUCGGCUUACAUGACAGACGUCGAUAACUGGACGCAGCCAACUCGGGGGGCUGUUACGAAAACCAAAAUGUUGGUCUGCAGGGAAUCAAAAACGUGCAAGCAAGCUGCAGCGAAACGCGGCAUCAUUCGACAGUGUACAGCCUCUUACACAACCUUCAUUUGGGAGAGGACAAACCCGAUUUCGUGGGCAUGCUGGAUAUGUCAUGUGGUUACUAUUACUUCGGAGGUUUUUUUUUUCUUUUUUCCUCUAUUCGCUCCUCCGAUGCGUGAGAUGGACAUGACGACAGACGGGAAGGAAGGAAGAAAAAAGUUGUUUUGUUGGCGUUUUUGGCGGAACCGUCGUCAUCGGGGUCAUGGAUUCCUAUUAGGUAUUAAUCUGACCUGGGGGUUUCCCAAAAAAAGCAAUGGGAGAAUAAAAAGGGAAAAAGCAAAGCAGCUAACCAGACCGAAUCGGGAUAAGCCUCGCAUCGACGCAUUCAACUCACCUUUCCCCCAGGCCCCAAGGAUCUGAGGGAUGACAUCAUAUCCUAUCCCAAACUCCGAACAACCCCUGAUCGUGAGACUUGCAUGGCUUUUCCCCCCUCGCCUCUCAUCGAAUAGCUUAGCUGCGGGUUUCCGCUUUUCGUUCGAUGAUGGCAUUCGACGCCAUCCCGCGCAUAUCGUUUUUUGCCAGGGGCGAGCCCGCCCCUUUUGGAACACGUCGUCUGGAGGUUAGGCAUGUAGGUUAUGCACUACGUACGUGCCCCGUGGAGAGAGUCUUCGCUUCGCUUCG